UUUCUCCAUUCUUCUCUGCACAAUACUUAUCAUCCAUCUAGCCAAACACUUCUUACACGAUUAAAAAUUCAUCUGAACGAGAGUUUUUGCAUAGAAGAUACAGUACCAUAUCUAAUUGGUGGUGUUAGAUACAAAUCUGAUAUGUGAUGAUAGUUUUUGAGCUAAUUUCUUAAAUACAAUCUCUACAUCAUCAUGAAAUUGUCAUAUUGUGAAGUAUAUCAAGUUCUUUUUGCUCUUUUACUUUGAAGCUAAUGAAUUGAAUAUGAACAAUAUUAGAUUUUUAUAUAGGAAUUUUGGUCUGUAAAAAAAAGCGCCUAUGAACUUUGAUUAACAAUACUUUUACUCUAUCAAAGCAUAUCCUAUAUCUAAAUAAAUUUAUGAAUGUAGAUAGUAGUCUAAUGAUUAAUGAGUUCUACAAAAUGGCAAUCUUAAACUACCUCUUUAAAGAAUCGCUCAAGAAUCAUCAACAGAUUUAAUAUCAGAUUCGUACUCAAGUUCAUCGAUUAUCUAUUGGACAUAAAACUAUGUUUUUUAUGCAAAAAACUCUUGAUCAGUUGGCGACCUUCCCUUGUUAAUUCUAAAAAUUUCUUACAUGACCAUACACACGAAUCAUACCAGUCUGUUAGCAAAUGAUCAUCACUCGUAUAAUCAUAAAACUAUUAUUUAGCUAAAAAAUGUGAAGCAUUACACAAUGAAUGUAAAGAAAAAGAGAAGGAAAUGAAUGAUUUAAAUCAUAAUAUUGAAGAAAAAUUACAUGUUGCCAAAAGUUUAGAAGAAGAAAUAAAAAAUUUCAAACAAGAUAAAAAAACGAUUGUACAGGAAGUUGCUGAUAUGAAAGAAAAAAUUGAAAAGAAAAAAGCAGAUAUCAGUGCUGAACAAAAUAGUUCAAUACAAUCACGAUCACGAUCAAUGGAUUUUGAACUAGAAAAUGAAGAAAUAAGACAGCGAAUAAAAGCUGGUGAAGAAGAAUUACUACGAUUAAAUAUUGAUAUUGAUGCUAGAAAUCGUACAUUAAAUGAACUUAAUACAAUGGUUAUGUUUGCUAAAAACAUCAUGAAAAAUAUUCAACCAAAUGACAACAAAGUGAAUUAUCAAUCAAUCCCACAUGAUUAUAAUAUGAUCGAUAAACAACAAGAAAUGCAAUCAGUUAAUUAUGAGAAUAAAAUACAACGAUUGAAUAAAAUAAUUGAUGAAAAAGAUGAUGAAAUUCGAAUCUUAAAUAUGGAUUUAAUUAGAACAAAAGAUGAAUUAUUUCAAUUAGAAAAUAAACAAAAAUUUCAAGAAACAAAUUUUAAUUCAAUAAAAAUAUCAAUGCAAAAUGAAAUGGAUAAAUUAAAACAUUGGUUAGAAAUAUACGAAAAUCGAAAAUCAGCAAUGAAACCACAUUAUAAAGAAGCAUUAAAUGAAUUAGAAUUAAAAUUACAUGAACAAGAAAUGUUUUAUCGAAAACAAAUAAAAGAUAUUGAUUUAGAAAUGAAACGUAAACAUUAUCAUUCAUCUUUUAAUCCAGAUGAUUCUGGAUUUCUUACUGAUACAACAACAAGAUCAGGAGAUUAUCAUUAUUUAAGAUCAUCGACGCCUCCAACAUCAUCUGAUUAUUUUAAUUCAAAUAAUCAAUUACGUGAUCAGAUACAAACAAUAUUUCGUCAACAUGUUGAUGAAUUAGAUAAAUGUAAUAUUAAAUAUAAAACGAGUUUAUCAAAUCUUAAAAAUCGUUUACAUGAACUAGAAAAUACCACCACCAAUGUUGAACCUGUUUUCAAUACAACAACUUAUUGA